UUACUAAUAAAAAACAUGAAACUAAGUUCAGUGAACAUUGAAAGAAUUAACUCUGGCUAUGCCAAUUCCUCAAAUGUCUCUCCUGUAAUCUCUGAUAUUUGUUCUAUACUCAAACCCAGAAAACCCUCCAAGAACCCCGUUCAGGCAAAAUUCCACGCCACCAUGGGCAGCUCCUUCAACUCCACCACUACUCCUAACUUCGAUAAUCUCCUCCUCCAGUCCCUUAUGGGCCGCCUCCAAAUCCGCCCUCCAACUCUCCAUACCCCUUUAACCCCACCGCCGCCUGUUCUCUCUUCUCAGUCCCUCGAAGACCUUCUCUUUUCCGAUGCCUUCCUCAACCUCUCCGACUCUGAUUCAGAAAACGACUCCGACAAGACCCAGCUGGCAAAGGAAGAGUCCAGGCUUGAAAAGGAGAUCGUCCGCACUAUUCUCAGUGGAGAAACUGAAAAAUUGAAGCCCAAUUCGGGUCAAGCUGUGACGAUCGGGGAGCAUCAAAUUUGUGUCGGUUUUCAUGAGGAGACCGGGUCGGAUUACAGGGUCUGGGAGUGGCAUGGGCAUAUCAUGUUGUUUGAUGAGGAGAACGGGUAUACCCCAGAGUACAUAUAUGGAAAUUAUUUUGAGAGAGUGAAUCCGAAGAAACGUAUGGAGAAAAAGAAGGAAAGGGAUGAUGAUGACGUGAAGGAGGAUGGAAAGGGGAAGGAAAAAGAGGAGGAGAAGGUGGGAAAUAUGGGGUUGAGGGAGCUGAUUGGGUCCUCGGAACUGGGUAACAGUCGGAUUAUUCGUCGGAAUUUGACUGCUAAUUCUGCAUCACCAGGUUUUAGUUGAGAGGCUGCUCAUAUCAACAGAGAGAGCUUUUCGUGACAACAAUGGAAUCAGACAGUGGAUAUACUUGUUUCUACGUGAUCGUUGAGAUCGACUUUCAAGUUUAUCUUUGUUGAUCCUUUUAAUCAGUGGAAUCAAACAGUGGUUUUUUGUAUUUUAUGGAUUAAUUAAUGUUGUAUCAGAUUAUUUCGAUCAUUUUUUUAAAGCUUUUACCGUAGUCGGUAUAUGGCAAA